UUUUUUGUUUUUUAAAAUCUGCGCUGUAGAUCUCGGCUUGCAUUUUGGCUCAAAGUGAUCUUUAAUUGAUAAAAAGCUUCGAUAUAUAAUAUAUCUAAAAAAAAUAGUCGAACACCAGAUGAAGCCAACACGACGCCACACCAAAGAUGGCCAAAAAAGAAAGACCAUGAAAGGUGCCCUGCGAAGUGCCUGUAGGAUAUGUCGAGAUAAACAAAUUUAGGUCCUCUUUCUUGACUUUAGCGAGCUAACUAGCUGAAUUGCUAUCGUUCAGGUAUUCACAUAUGCGGUAACAGAUAAGGAAAUCUCUCAAUCCGUUUAUUUAUGUCAGGGGAACUAACUUGGUCGAAUUACUAGCACGAAAGUAUCGUCAUUACUAAGCAGCUUUAGCUAGUUUUGAUAGUAAAAAAAAUAGGCGACCCAGCUCAUUGUUUUUAGCUAGCUAACGUUAGCUUUGACAAACACCAACAAGCGAACUCCAUCUAGCCAGUAUCAAUUGAAUUAUAAGGACUGUGUUAAUGAGUAGACAUGUCUGGUAUCGCUCUUAGCAGACUGUCACAGGAGCGCAAAGCAUGGAGGAAAGACCACCCAUUUGGUUUUGUCGCUGUGCCUACCAAAAAUCCUGAUGGCACUAUGAACCUCAUGAACUGGGAAUGUGCCAUUCCGGGGAAGAAGGGGACGCUGUGGGAGGGAGGCCAAUACAAACUCCGAAUGCUGUUCAAGGAUGAUUAUCCUUCCUCGCCGCCAAAAUGCAAGUUUGAGCCACCCAUUUUCCACCCCAAUGUCUACCCAUCUGGCACGGUGUGUCUUUCCAUCCUGGAGGAGGAGAAGGACUGGAGGCCAGCCAUCACCAUAAAACAGAUCCUGUUGGGUAUCCAAGAGCUUCUCAAUGAACCCAACAUCCAAGACCCAGCACAAGCAGAAGCCUACACAAUUUACUGUCAGAACAGAAUGGACUAUGAGAAGAGGGUGAGGGCCCAGGCCAAGAAGUUUGCCCCCACAUAAAGCUCAGCUGAACAUCUGCCUGAGAAGCCUGAUACAACACCUGGGUACUGAACAGCAAGCAGCACUUAGAGGACCAAUCCAAUGAUCAAUCUACAAUUUGAUAUGUUCUUCUUUACAUGAGAAAAGUGUCAUGUAGCCUACAUUAGAGCCAUUUUAAAACAAAACAAAAAAAUCAUUUGUCCACAAUUUUUGUUGUUGCCAUUUUCACUUCUAAAACACUUUCUUAUAAUUUAGUAAGAUUCCAUUUGGAUUUGUGAUCUAUAAAUCAGGAAGCUACUUUGCCUUAUAUUUAGUCUUAUCAAAUAUUCACAAGGUUUAAUAACAAAUCAUUUCAAAUUGCAGUGUCUGAUACAUCAUUUUGUAACUGAAUCUGUACUUAAAUAAAUUACCCCCGUAAGUUAAGUGAGCCUUAUUUUUCUGUAUGUCUGGUCACAUUGAUUUUAAUUGUAGAUUUUUAUUGGGAUGCCCCUUUAAUAAGAUGGACGUCAGCGCUGAGAGUGUGCUGCAUAGAGAGCUGAAGAGGUUUACCUCCAAAGACUUGAGUGUAUGUAUAUAAUAUAAAUAUGUAGGUCCAUAUGGAUCUUAUGUUCUUUUCUAUUGUUUUAGCAAGUUGAUAUUUGUCUGUGGUAUUAAAAGUAAUAAACACAAUGUAAGAAUUGUGAAAUAAAGUUAAUUGAAUGGAAAAUA